CUUGUUGGUUUAUUUCUCUUCUGCUCUCGUGUCGUGAGGACCGUCAGCACAGCAUUCAGUUCUGCUCUCGUGAGGUCUCCGGUAGUAACGGCGUAUCGUGAUGUCUCGUGUCAUCAUCUACGGGGGUCGCGGAGCGUUGGGGUCCGCCUGCGUGGAACAUUUCAAAUCCAAAGGCUGGUGGGUGGCUAGUGUGGAUAUCGUGGCCAAUCCGGAGGCGAGUGCCAACGUGCUGGUGAAGCUGACUGACUCAUUCACCGACCAGGCAGCUCAGGUGACAGGGGAUGUUGGCCGGUUGCUAGGCGAUAUUAAGGUGGACGCCAUCUUGUGUGUAGCAGGAGGAUGGGCAGGAGGCAACGCCAGCUCAGCAGACCUGUAUAAGAACAGUGAUCUGAUGUGGAAGCAGAGUGUGUGGACGUCGGUCAUCUCGUCUCAUCUGGCUGCUAAACACCUGAAGGACGGAGGACUGCUAACGCUAACAGGAGCUAAAGCCUGCAGAGGAGCAACGCCAGGCAUGGUGGGCUAUGGGAUGGCGAAGGCUGCGGUUCACCAGCUGUGUGUGAGUUUGGCUGCGGAGGACAGCGGAAUGCCAACAGGAGCCACAGCAGUCGCCAUCCUACCGGUGACUCUGGAUACUCCGAUGAACAGGAAGUUUAUGCCUGACGCUGAUUUCAGCACCUGGACACCCCUGGAGUACAUAGCAGAUCUCUUCUUCCAGUGGGCCUCCUCCUCCUCCUCCUCCUCCUCCUCCUCCUCUCGUCCUCCGUCUGGAAGCCUCAUGCAGCUGGAGACCACAGGAGGACACACCCAGGCCACGCCAGCCAAUCAGUGAGGAGAGAGGAGACACACUGACCAAUGGCUGAGGAGAGAGGAGACACGCCAGCCAAUCAGUGAGGAGAGAGGAGACACACACCGACUAUCCCUCUAUCUACCCCUCUCUCUCUCUCUCUCCAUCUCUCUAGAGAAGGGGUUUACAACAGUCAGACACACACAGACCAAAGGAGUGAGAGAGGGAGUGAGACAGAGAGAGAGAGAG